CAAUAUUAUGAUUUCUUUUUUUGGUAUUCAGGUUGUUUGAAAGAGCAUUAGCAUAUGUUGGAACAGACUACCUCUCUUUUCCUCUGUGGGACAAAUACCUUGAAUACGAGUAUACACAACUAGCUUGGCCACACAUUGCUACAAUUUACACACGGAUUUUGGAGAUUCCAAAUCAACAAUUGGAUCGCUACUUUGAGGGUUUCAAGGAGCUGGUUGCCAGUAGGCCACUAUCAGAAUUGCAUACUGCUGAAGAGGCCGCAGCUGCAGCAGUUGCUUCUGGCUCUGAAAGUAGUACUGAGCAAGUUGAAGGAGAGGUUCAUCCUAAUAAUGAGUCUUCUAAACCUUCAAGUGCAAGCCUGAAGGAUGCUGAGGAGCUAGAGAAAUAUAUCUCUGUUAGAGAAGAGAUCUAUAAGAAGGCCAAAGAGUUUGAUUCUAAGAUCGUUGGCUUUGAAACUGCUAUCAGGAGACCCUACUUUCAUGUGCGCCCCCUAAAUUCUGCUGAGCUUGAAAAUUGGCACAAUUAUCUUGACUUCAUGGAGGGAGUCAAUGACUUGAAUAAGGUAUUUGAGAUUUUUGUUAUAUUGGGCGUGUUUCAGUUUCUCUGGUUAGCUUUUCUUGUCUUCAUUGUGUAUUGACUAACAGUUAAGUAAUAGCCGCACCAUAUGCUUUAUUGGCUAAACCAUCAGAUGAAGCAUCUUUAAAACGGGGUAUUGAACUUGGAAUAACACGCAUGGACCAUCCAGUUUGCUUUCUGUCUCUUAUCUUCCUAAUGUGUCAGUCAAGGACGGUCCCUCGUUUGAUAAUAGAGGGGCCUCCCUGUUCCGCCCAACGGAGUACCAUUAUGCAUUCUCCUUGUAUCUAUAUGUUUUGAAGUUUCUUUAAAUUUUAUAUGGAAUGGAUGUGGACUUUUGACCUUAUAACUUCUGUGCGUGAUAGGUUGUCAAACUAUAUGAGCGAUGUCUGAUUGCCUGUGCCAACUAUCCUGAAUAUUGGAUAAGAUAUGUUUUGUGCAUGGAGGCUAGUGGAAGUAUGGAUCUUGCUGAUAAUGCCAUUGUUCGUGCUACUCAAGUUUUUGUAAAGAGGCAACCUGAGAUCCACCUCUUUGCUGCUCGAUUUCGAGAGCAGCAUGAUGAUAUCCCUGGUGCCCGUGCUGCAUAUCAACUUGUUCACUCAGAAAUUUCACCUGGGCUUUUGGAAGCAACUAUUAAACAUGCCAACAUGGAACAACGACUCGGAAACCAUGAUGAUGCAUGUUCCUUGUAUGAGCAAGCUAUUGCGAUUGAAAAAGCAAAAGAACAAUCACAAACCUUGCCUUUGCUCUUUGCUCAGUAUGCCCGGUUUCUUUACUUGGUUUCUGGCAAAGGCGACAAAGCUAAAGAAGUCCUUGAUCAGGCAGUUGAAAAUGCACACUUGUCUAAACCACUGCUUGAGGCAAUCAUCCAUUUAGAAUCAAUUCAGCCACAACCAAAAAGAAUUGAAUAUUUGGAUUCGUUAAUUGAAAAAUUCAUAGUUCCUACUAUUGAUGCAUCUUUCACUGCAAGUAUGGAUGAAAGGGAGGAGUUAUCAAGCAUCUAUAUGGAGUUUUUGGAUCUCUUUGGUGAUGCAAAAUCAAUCAAGAAAGCUGAUGAUCGGCAUGCCAAGCUAUUCUUACAGAACAGAACCUCUUUAUUAGAGUCAAAGAAGCGCCGCUCGGAUGAUUAUCUGGUUUCAGACAAGGCAAAAUUGGCAAAAGCUGUUACCCCGGUUACUGCUUCUGCAAUGGCCCCAUAUCCUGUUGGUGUGCAGAACCAGUGGCCUGCGGGUUAUGGCAUUCAGCCCCAAAGUUGGCCGCAAACAACUCAAGCUCAAGUUCAGCAGUGGAAUCCUGCAUAUGGCCAACAGGCUGCUGCAUAUAACGCCUAUGGUACUUACGGAAGCAAUUAUGGUGCUGCCGCACAAGUACCUCCUGCAUUGCCACAAGCUGCCCCCUAUGGAGCUUAUCCUUCAACGUAUCCUGCACCGAAUUAUGGGCAGCCGGGUGUUGCAGCAACUUUGACACCAUCUGUACCACAGCAGCCAUCACCUGCCCCGGUUCCUCCGGCAGCGGCAGCCACCACAGCUUAUUAUGGUAGUUACUAUUGAGAGUAGGCUCAUAUUUUCAGCAGUCAGUUUUGUCGAUGGUCAAGACAAAAAGAAAACUCGCGUAGUGAUUUUCGGUGUAGAGUUGACAAACAUCUCUCUCAGGACCUGGAAGUCUUGGUGCAUGGCACAUCUGUAUUCUAUACUAAUAUAUUAUUAGGUUUAUGAUCUAUGGAUGGAUGUUUGUAUUGGUACUUAUUAAAUGACUAGUUUCAUGUUAUAUAAAUAUUUUUUUUGGUUUUGCAUUGUGCCGGACAAAGUCACUUAUUUGGAUAUGAUGAAAAGGGCGUUUGCAUUUG